UUGUAUCGAGUUAGGGUAUUUGAAGUUUGCUGUUGCGUUGAUGACGCAGAUCUGGCAACCCUUCUCCUUCAGCCGCUUCAAUAACAUCACAGGGACUCUGGCGAAAGCGCGUGGGCUUUGAAGAGAACAACCGUUUACAUCUUUUCAGGGUUUUUUUUUUUUUAUAUUUUAAAGUUCGUCACGAGGACUUUAUUGAUAACGUCAAAUAAGGUGAACAGCAGCUGAAUAACGGUCACGAACAAGUGCUCGGUCCCCGGAGCAGUGAAACGGUGCUAGCGAACGAGCUAACAAGUGCAAUGGUUGAAGAGGAACAAUUUGUGAAUAUAGACUUAAAUGAUGACAACAUCUGCACCAUCUGUAAGCUGGACACAGACACGGGAACUCUGUCCUUUUGUCACGUCUGCUUUGAGCUGAGCAUAGAGGGUGUGUCCACUGCCGCUCUGCUGCACUCCACGUCUCUGCACGGGCACAGGGACUGCUUUGAGAAGUACCAUCUCAUUGCCAACCAGAAGGUCUCGCAUGCCAAGGCCACACGCAGUACCUAUGAGGGUGUCAAGCGGGCACUGAGCCAGCAGAUCAGCCGCAUUGUGCAGUACGCCCAGAACAGGGACUCUGGCUCCAAACACCAGCUCCUGUUUCACACACAGCAGGGUGACAGGAAGUUGACGGCCCAGUCAGAUGCCCAGGUCCCCAGAUAUGCCCCUCGCUGGGUGCAGGGCACAUGUCCAAGUGAAACGGACGAUCUGGAGCUCUUGCAGGGCUCUGGACAGCUUUGGAGGAAUGAUCAAAAGCACACACUGCAACAGCAGGGGGGAGGAGGAGGAGGAGGAGAAGAAGAACAGCAGGAGAGACAUGCAGGCCACAGCCGAGAGAAACUGGUGAAAAUGAGUGUGGAAGAGCUUCAUCAGCUGAACUCACAGCUCCUGCUGCAGAUUCAAGAGGUCUUUGAAGAACUUUCAGUAGCUGUGCAGGAGAAGGACUCUUUGGCAUCUCAGCUCCAUGUCCGCCACAUUGCCAUCGAGCAGCUCUUUAAGAACUGUGCCAAACUCCCAUGGCUUCAGAUUGGCCGAGCGGGGGUCAAAGCCAGCAACCCCUCAGUGGAGUGAAGUGUGAGUUGUCCACAGAGGAUUAAAGAGCACCCUCUAGUCUGGGGAGACGGGAAUAAAGGUUACACUCAAGUCACAUGCUUUUCACUCCCUGUGUGUACUCUUAAGUAGAUGGGGUUGAUGUGUCUGUGUGUGUGUGUUCUUGCAGUACUUGAACAAGAUAAAUCUUGAAAGAGAUUAACACAGGGAGUUUUGGACCUUCUGUAAGGUGGACCUGUGGUUACUAUGCAGACUGAGGUCUCACUGAGGACCGACCAUGGCCUCAUCAAUAUUAUUUUGAAUAAUAUUCUUAUUACUUUCAUGUUAUGUCUUUGACAUUUGUAUUUAUUUGUUGUUAGUUAAUAUUAUUAUUCUUAUAAAUUAGUAACUUUUUUUUUUGUAUUAGAGAAGUUCAUGCGUCAAUAACUGGGCAUGAAAGACCAGAGUUUGGGCUGAUUGGCUCUGGUGUUACUGUGGUAAUGGUUGCUUAUUUAAGGAAGUGUUUCCUCUCUGAUCUUUGCAGUGGAAUUGUGGUUUCCAGUUAUGAAACACUUUUCUCUGCAGUGUACCAGUGCAACACAAUAUAAUGAUGAGGGAUGUAAAUCUCAGGCUUCCACAGGAUACUAUACGAUUCAGAAGGCAACAAUUCAAUAUUUGACAAUACCACUGAAUCUGCUACGAUAUGAUUUAGUAAGCUCCGAUUGGUAUAUAAGCAACUUUGUUCAAAAUCUGGGUAGGCCUGCUGUUAAUUUGUGAAUGCUGAUGCUGUAUAGAGAAGGACUAAUUUAAGUAUCAAGAGUUAUAGGCAGAUGACCUUGCUAAGACAUCGUUUGUCUGUUCUUAUGAUUGUUGCUUGGUUUCAUUUCAGUCAACGCUUUUUUAAAUCAAUGCAUCAAUCCAAAUCAACCGAUCAUUACACCCUUAAUAUAGAUUUAACCCAGUUUUGGUAUACUACACGGAAGCUGGUCAGGGUUUGCUCUCUUGGCUUGUUUUUAAAUUGCAGUAUACACUUUUUUUUAUUUAUUUUAUUUUAUUAUUUGGUGUGAGUCUUAUAUUUUCUUAUAUAAAGUCCCUCUCACCCCCAGCAAGCCAUUUCAUGUUCUUCCUACAGUGCUGUGAAAAAGUAUUUGUUUUUGUGUAUAUCUCAUACUAAAUAGUUUUAUCUCUUUAAACGAAAUGCAACAUAAAGCAAUGGCAACCUGAAUAAACACACAAUACAGUUUUUAGUUUUUUUUAUUGAAGCAAAAAAAGUUAUCCAACACGUAUACAAUAGCUGCAACCAAAUGCUUCCAAUAACUGGCAAUGCUUUCACUUUCUUCUAGGACUUACUCCUAUGCUUUAGAUCAUUGUCUUGCUGCAUAAUCCAGUUACAACUUGGGGACUGAAGACCUCUCCUUUAAAAAAAUAACACCCCAUGGAAAUUGUUUUUUUUUUUUAAUUAUUUUUUAUUAUUUUUUUUAUACAUAUGUGGACAAGCAAACAUUUGACCAUCUUUGAAACAGUGCCUAUUAAUGAAGUUGAUAUACUUGAACAAAACCAUGAAGAAAAUUAACUUUUUCAAUCAUUUAUUCAAUGGAAAUAUCAAUAGAUGUGAUAUUCUAGUAUUGCCCCCUUUAGCAGAAAUAACUUCUUGUAGACAUUUUGCAUAUUUGUCCACCAGACUUGCUGGAAUUCGUGACCACUCUUCUAUGCGAUAUUCUUUCAGUUGCAAGAUGUUUGAGGAUUUUCUUGCGUGUACUGCCAGUUUCAAAUCCCCCCACAACAUUUCAAUGGGAUUCAAAUUUGAACUCUGACUAGGCCAUUCCAUAACCCUCCAUUUCUUCUUUUUGAGCCUUGGUGGAUUUACUAGUGUGUGUAGGAUCAUUAUCCUGCUGAAACGUUCACUUUUAGUUCAACUUCAACUUUCAGACAGAUGGCUUCACAUUAUCUUCAAGCACCCAACUGUUAUGAUGGAGAAUUCAUAGGUGAAUCAAUGAAUGCAAGCUGUCCAUUCCCUGAGGCAGCAAAGCAACCCCAAACCAUAACAUUUUUACCACCAUGCUUGAUCGUAGGUAUGAUGUUCUUUUUGUGGAAUUCUGUGGUUGGUUUAUGCCAGAUGUAAUGGGACCCCUGUCUUCCAAACUGUUUCACUUUCAACUCAUCAAUUCACAGAACAUUAUCUCAAAGGUUUUGAGGAUCAUCAAGGUGUGUUUUGGCAAAAUUCAGAUGAGCCUUAAUAAUGUUCUGGGUUAGCAGUGGUUUUCACCUCGCCACUCUUCCAUGGAUGCCAUUUUUGCCCAGUGUCUAUCUGAUAGUGGAGUCAUGAACAGUGACCUUUAUUGAUGCAAUAGAGGCCUGUAGGUCCUUUGAUGUUGUCCUUGGCUCUUUUGUAACUUCCUGGAUGAGUAGUUGCUGUGCCCUUGGAGGAAUUUUGGGAGGUCACCCACUUCUGGGAAGGUUCACUACUGUGCUGAGUUUUUCCAUUUGGAGAUAAUGGCUCUCACUGUGGUUCUUUGGAGUCUCAGAGCCUUUGAAAUAGCUUUGUAACCCUUCCCAGACUGAUUUAUUUCAAUCACCUUCUUCCUCAUCAUUUCUGGAAUUUCUUUCAAUUUUGGCAUAGUGUGUUACUGUGUAAGACCUUUUAACCAACUUCAUGCUGUUGAAAAAGUUCUAUUUAAGUGUUGAUUUGAUUGAACAGGGUUUGCAGUAAUCAGGCCUGGUUGUGUCUAGUCCAGCUGAACCACAUUAUCAAUGCAGUUUCAUAGAUUCGGGGAAUUAGUAACUAUGGGGCAAAUACAUUUUCAUACAGGCCAGUUGGUAUUGGAUAACUUUUUUUUGCUUCAAUAAAUAACAUUAUCAUUUAAAAACUGUAUUUUGUGUUUACCAAUGUUGCCUUUGUUUUAUCUUAGAUUUUGUUUUAAUUUUUGAAACAAUUUUCAAAAUAUGAGACAAAAAAACAGAAGAAAUCUGGAUGGGAGCAAAUACUUUUUCACAGCACUGUACUGUACGCAAGUUAGGAUACCAUUGGUCAUCAAAUAAUCAAAUAUUUCGGUAUCUUUGAUUACUUGGGGAUGUUAAUAGGGAUUUUACGCACCUUAAAUAGUCGAACCAAAGUCUGUUGCCAAAAGGUAACAUAAUUCAGUGUUUAUAUUUUUAAGUAUUGUUGCAUGAAUAAAAGGAAAUUUAUGCACAUUAUUUAAUAUUUAAUUGCCUUGAAAAACGUUGUUUACUUGAUCCAUGUUCAAAUAUUUCAAUUCAUCAAUUUCCAAAUUUUGAACUUAGCAUCUUAUCUUUAUUUAUUUAGACCCUUGUACAAUUUUUUAUUUCUCCAAGCUUGCUUUGUUUAUUCCUGUGUAAAAUCUUGAGGUGAAGGCGCCAUCUGUUGGUUUUCCAGAAAAUCUGUUCCCGAUAGAUAAAAUUAGUGCAGCCUACUGAUAGACACUGAACUUUAAUUCAGUCUAGCUGUUCACAUGUAUCAUUUUAAAUGUUUAAAAGGUUUUGUUUAGAGAAAAAUUCUUCUCUUUGUAAGAGACUUACUUUACUUGACCCAUCUGUGGGUUGUAUGAAAAAUGUUGUGCAUGUUUGGUGCUUGAUAUGCUGUACAAAGUCGAACUGUGAUUCUCAUCAGCAUUGACGUAUGCAUGUCAGUUCUGCUUUUACGUGUGCGUGUGUGUGUAUGUAUGUAUGUAUGUAUAUGUGUGUGUAUGUAUGUAUGUAUAUGUAUAUAUAUAUAUAUAUAUAUAUAUAUAUACAUACACACACACACACACACACACAAAGCUGUCGGAUUUGCGUGUUGUUUUUUAUAGUUCAUUAGCAUUUCUUAUUUCCAACCCAUGUACUCUUUCAGGAUAAUAACAACGGCUUGGUUCAUUUUAGCAGAAUGUGGCGUACAGGGUUACAUACAAACUGCUCACAAAACAAAUUGUUCAUCUUUGCAAAGCUCACGUAAAACUUAACCUAAUGUUUUGGCAUGUACACUUGUCACUCAUUUCAGUUCAGCGUUUUAUAUAUAGUUUUUUUUUUCUUUUUUGGGGGGGUAGCAUUUUGUUUUGCUUUUUUUUUUUUUGUUUAGAUUUAUCUAUCAUUUUCAUUGAAGUGUAUUAUGUGGUUUUGUGUUUGUUUAACUCAACAGCUCAUGCAAUUAUGUGUGAUUGUGUGGUGGUCUGAGUAAUAAUUUGUAUAUUAUUUUUAAAAACCAGUAAAUAAAUAUAAAAACUAUUUUCUUAAACAUA